GAACAAGUCAAGUUGGCUCUUUUAUCAUAGUGCUUCCCUCUGCCACGCAGUCACAAAGUUACUCAUUGCACUUGAGGGUGCACAAUGUCAGUGGAAGUAGAGAAGCUAGAGCUCAAAGAGCUGGACAAAACAUUGCUGAAGAAGAAUGAAUCCUCACCCAAACCUCAGAGCAAGUAUGAAAGAAUAAUCCAGCCAUGUGUGGCCGAGCUGGUGGGCACAACGUUUUUUGUCUUCAUUGGCUGUGUGUCCGUCAUUGAAAAUGUGGAGGCAGCAGGAAGACUACAGCCAGCACUCGCACAUGGUUUGGCAGUGGCUGUACUGGUGGCAUGUAUGGCAGAAAUCAGCGGAUCACAUUUCAACCCUCCGUUCACCAUCGCUAUCUGGUUGUGUGGUGGACUUCAGCUGACGAUGGUUGUUCCCUACCUUAUCAGUCAGAUUAUCGGAGGUGUGCUGGGAGCUGCAAUGUCAAAGGUUAUGACAUCACACGAGAACUACAUGAAUGCUACCGGAGCGGCCUUUGCUGUUCUGAAGUCUGAUGAGCAGCUGGGGAAGGUUGUGUUUGCUGAAAUGGCUAUGACAUGUCUAUUAACCAUGGUAGUCCUGAUGGGGGCAGUCAAUGGAAAGAGCAAAAGCCCCCUGGUGCCCUUCAUGGCGGGCUGCACUGUUAUCGUCAAUAUUCUGGCAGGAGGAGACGUUUCUGGCACCUGUCUGAACCCUGCAAGAGCUUUUGGACCUGCAUUGAUAGCUAACCACUGGUCUUAUCAUUGGGUUUAUUGGGUGGGUCCGAUAGGGGGAGGUCUGGUGGCUGCUGCUCUCGUGAGGCUUCUGCUUGGAGAUGAGAAGACACGAGUUAUAAUGAAAUGAUAUUGGAGCACAUCAGCAUGCAAAGCCUCUCAAUUCAUGAUGCCAGUAUUACUUCUAAACACUCUAAAUAUUUCAUGUCUAAUU